UCUUUUUCCAGAAAUCUCAGCUGCGUCCUGCUCGAUCGGCGGGUUGGACAAGAAUCCGCCUCCAAAACCUCCAAACCCCUAAACGAGUUAUUGUCUUGCAGGAUCUGGGAAGAUGCUCCUCUCUCUGAUCGUCCUGCAGCUGCUGCUGGCGCCGGCGCUAACGGUGCCCAGCAGGGACCGAUGGGAGGCCUGGGGUCCGUACGGCGAGUGCAGCCGAACCUGCGGCCGCGGCGUCACCACCAGGACGCGGCGCUGCAUCUCACACAGGACGGACGGAGGACACAACUGCGUGGGACCCGACAAGUCGUACCGCGCCUGCAACAUCCAGGACUGUCCCGAGGGAUCCAGGGACUUCCGCGAGGAGCAAUGCUCCCAGUUCGACGGCGUGGACUUCCAGGGGAAGAGAUACAAGUGGCUGCCUCACUACGGAGCUGAGAACCCCUGCGAGCUGAACUGCAUGCCCCGAGGGGAGAACUUCUACUACCGGCACCGCAGCGCCGUGGUGGACGGGACGCCCUGCCACCCGGGCCGGAGGGACGUCUGCGUGGCCGGAGUCUGCAAGCGUCUGGGUUGUGACAACAUGCUGGACUCCCCCCAGCAGGAGGACCCCUGCCUGCAGUGUGGGGGCAACGGCCAGACCUGCCACGUCGUCAAGAACCGCUUCAGCAUGCGUGACCUGCCCACCGGCUACAACCAGAUGUUCAUCAUUCCCGCCGGCGCCACCAGCAUCAGCAUCAGGGAGUCCGUCCCCACGCGUAACUACCUGGCCCUGAAGAACCUGCGCGGGGAGUACUACCUCAACGGCCACUGGGUGAUCGAGUUCUCCAGGGCGACGCCCAUCGCCGGCACCAUGCUCUACUACCAACGCGGCGCCGAGGGCGACAGCGUGCCGGAAACCAUGAUCGGCCGCGGCCCCACCACCGAGCCGCUGGUCGUUGAGCUGAUCAGCCAGGAGCCCAACCAGGGGGUGGAGUACGAGUACUACCUGCCGAACGGACGCCCCAGCCAGGGCUACUACUGGAGCUACGGGUCCUGGUCUUCCUGCAGUAAAGAGUGUGGAUCAGGCUACCAGUCCCGGCUGGUCUUCUGCACCGUGGACAACGAGGCCUAUCCCGACUACCUGUGUGCAUCGCUGUCCAGGCCGCAGUCCAACCGCACCUGCAACCCCCAGGCCUGCCCUCAAGUCCGCAGCUGGAAGACCGGGGAUUGGAACGCCUGCUCGGUCACCUGUGGCGGAGGCUCCCAGGUGCGCAGCGUGCAGUGCGUCUCCCAUGAUGCCUCGGGCCCCCGUGUGGUGGACGACGCCACCUGUGCCGCCUACGCAGAAGCUCCUCCCGCUCUGCAGACCUGCAACAUGCACAAAUGCGUGGAGUACCAUGUGUCUGAAUGGAGCGCCUGCUCGGUGUCCUGCGGUUCAGGUGAACAGACCAGAGAGGUCACCUGUACGGGAUCCGGAGGAAUGAUGCUGGAGGAGUCCUCCUGCAGCACUUUGCUCCGCCCAACCACCGUCCAGCCGUGCGAGAUGCCCGCCUGUCUGAAGCAGAUCCGCUGGCACGUCGGAGACUGGGGCCUGUGCUCCAGGAGCUGCGGUUCCGGGAUGCGAGAUCGCCAAGUGGUCUGCGCGGACCGGGAGAGGAACCUGUACGCCGUGGGCCAGUGUAACGCCCACCCAAGACCUCCCACCAUGGAGCGCUGCAACACCCAGCCCUGCUACAGUCUGCAGAUUGUCCCCAGCAUCCAGGACCCAACAGGACACAACAACUCUCACAGUGGUUUCUACCCCUACAUCCCCGAUGAAUCAAUAGAUGGCAGCAGAGACCCGACCCAGACCAACAAGGUCCACGACCCGUACGGCUCCGCUCUGGCUCUCCACUGCAGCCAGUCGUACUUCGGCUGCUGCCCGGACGGACACACCUCCGCCGGGGGCCCCAAGGGUCAGGGCUGCCUGUCGGCCCCGGCUCCCACCGCCCAGCCGUCCUGCAUGGACACAAGCUUCGGCUGCUGCCAGGACGGCGUGACCGCCGCCGACGGCCCCGACGGAGAGGGCUGCGCCGAGUACGCGGCCCCUGAACCCACAGAGGCUCCUCUCCCGAGGGAGAACGCGGUGCAGUGCCGCCGCACCACCUACGGGUGCUGCUACGACCGGACCACGGCUGCAGGGGGGCCCAACGGCGAGGGCUGCCGCAACCCCCCCAACUACAUUGAGCGGUCCACCUGCUCCCUCCCCCGCGCCGCCGGCUCCUGCGCCAGCUGGGUGUCCCGCUACCACUUCGACGUCCUCACCAACAAGUGCGUGCAGUUCUGGUACGGGGGUUGCCACGGCAACGACAACAACUUCAUGACCCAGGCGGAGUGCCACAGGGCGUGCCCGACGCCCAUCCCCAGCCAGCGGCGCCCGGCCCGGCCGGUCCCCGGCGCGGGAGACGCCGCCAACGCCGGGUCGACGGACACCCGGUCGCAGCGCAACAUGGGCAGGAUUUUCACGGUGCAGGGCGGCUCGCCCAGCGGCGCCGGCAGGGGGGCCGCGAGCGCCGCCACCCACGCCCACAGGGCCCGGGUGAACCUGCGGGAGCGCCGGCCCUCGACCGCCAGGGCGGCUCACACCGGGCCAGCAGCGAGCUUGACCCUGGGAGGCGUGACCAUCGAUAAGAGUGACCCCGACACAGUGGAGGCUUUGGCCGGCCAGACGGUGGUGCUGCCCUGCAGAGUUAGCCCACCCCCUUCAAGCACCAUCACUGUGGAUUGGAAACGAGAUGGCGUCGCUCUUUCCACUCUAAGGCAUCACCAGCAGCCCAACGGGUCCCUCUUGGUUGGUCCGGUCACAAAGUCUGAUUCUGGCUGGUUCUUGUGUUUGGCCACGCGGGAACGGGAGAGAGAUCACCGCUACAUUUACCUGUCUGUCACAGAGGGACCGUCCCAGCCUGUUCCUACCGUCCUGCCCAAAGACGGCCCCUUCCAGAGGUUCAGCAUUGAGCGCUCGGCCUCGUCUUUGGUGGAAAUGCGGAGUGGACAGACCGCCAGACUGCCCUGUACCAUCGUCCCUCCGUCGGCUGUGCAGUUUGUCAACAUCCAGUGGACUAAAGACGGACUGACGCUCAGGGACUCCAGGGUCACGAUGCACUCGGACGGUACCCUGAUCAUCGACCCGCUGAUGUCCGGAGACUCGGGCGUCUACACCUGCACGGCGUCCAGCCAACAGCAGCUGGAGCAGAGACAGCUGCAGCUCCGGGUCCAAGCGGACCUGAAGAUUACGACGGCCCCGAACAACGUCCAGGUCCCUGAAGGCAGCACGGCGCAGCUGCCCUGCGUGGUGUCUGGAGACAACGUCAACAUCGGCUGGUCCAGGAAUGGCGUUCCGGUGCGUCCGGACGGGCGUAAGGUCCUGGUGUCGUCGGACGGCAGCCUGAUCCUGAACGACGUGAGGCUCCCUGACGAGGGAACGUACACCUGCAACGCCUACACGGGCAUCUACUCGGUCAGCGCCACGGCCGAAGUGAAGGUCAUCAAGGACGAGCAACGAGGUGUGGACGUGCCGCCGGACUGCGUGGACCAGCCCCAGCUGGCCAACUGCAGGCUCAUCGUCUACGCCCGCCUCUGCUCCAACCAGUACUACUCCAGCUUCUGCUGUGCCAGCUGCGCCCGGCACACCCAGACCAACGGCCGGUUCCGGCGGUUCGGCUGAGGCGGCCCCCCCCCUGGACCCGAGACCCGAGCUGGGGUUGGGGGGGUCGGGGGUUUCGAUCCUCACACCCUGGACUUCCAACGACGAGUUUGCUGCUUUUUGCCAAAAGGACUGGAGACCCCGGCCCGGUCCGGCUGCAGCGCCGGGCCGGCGAUGCCCGGCGCGUCUGCAGCUGCAGCCGGAGACGGGCCGUCGCUCGCUCAGGCGUCCCAACACCAAGACUGUAAGUGAGCGGAACGUGUCGCGGCGCUGAAGAUAAGUUAUUUACCCGCUGGACCCACGUGUUCUCUGUUUUCUAGAGGAUCACGGCGACUUGCCGGUCAGGUAUCUACAAGGAUGUAACCUGGGUUUUCCUGUUUUGUUGCCACCACUACUCUUCUUUUAUCUAAGGAGCUCGUAUGUUAUUUUCUUUUAUACACUUAAUGUUUAUUUGUAUGUAAUUAUUUGAGAAUAAAGGUCAUAUUUUGUUAAAA